AUGGUCACUUUUCUCUGCACUUUCCUAGUCUUCUUCGUCUAUAACUUGGUCGCAGCGCUUAUCUUCUUCAUCUGGGCUCUCACUGAUGGGGGCAACACCAUUUCUGUGGUUAUUUUCUUCAUCAUUUUGAUAUGUUACGUGGUUGGAUUGGUGUAUUUGACCAUUCUUUGGCAGUUGGCUAGCGUUGUAUCAGUCUUAGAAGACACAUAUGGAUUCAAAGCAAUGAUCAAGAGCAAGGAACUGAUAAAGGGGAAGAUGUGGGUCGCAAUUGCUUUAUUCUUCAAGCUGAAUUUCUCUCUCUACGCGAUACAUUAUGUGUUUCAAUAUUUUGUUACUAUAAUCUACUUUGUCUGCAAAUCAUACCACCAAGAAAGCAUCGAUAAGUCAGCGCUUUCCGAACAUCUUGAGGUCUUUCUGGGAGAGUAUGAGCGUCCGAAACCAAAAGAUAUUCAGCUAAAGGAAAAUGAGGUCUGA